GGCUUCCAAGGGCAGUAUGCGGACAGCAAUGUAAACUUGAUCCAAAUCACUAACCUCCGCAGAGGACUCCUGCCGCACCAAAAGUAAACAUCAGCAAAAGGUGCAAGUUAUCAGAAUGGGCCCUGCAAAGGAAAGAUUUGCUCUCAUCACCGGCUGCGGCGAUGGAGGCAUUGGCCAUGCGCUGGCGAACAACUUUGUCCAGAACGGCUUCAUCGUCGUCGCAACCCUGCUGCCGCAUGAGUCUCGAGCCCACCUCGAGCAUGCAAGAAUUCAUGUCAUAGAUCUUGACGUGACCAAGGAGGAACAGAUGCUUCCUUUCAAGAGCACCUUGGAGGACAUUACAGGCGGAGCCCUCGACGUGCUCAUCAACAAUGCGUGAGUUUACAGUUUGUGAUUGAACAGGGGCUGCUGGCUAGGUAGUAAAACCCCUCGCGCUCACGCCUGUCUUACUCUGUACUCUGUACUUGUCUCUAGGGGAAUUUGCUACACCAUGACAGCGGUCGACACGGACGUGAGGCAAGUCGAAAAGAUGUUUGCCGUCAACGUCUUUGGGCCCAUGCGGCUGGUACACCACCUGCACCGGAUGCUCAUUGCCGCUCCGCGCGGUAUCGUGAUAAACAUUGGCUCCAUCGGUGGCGUGUGCCCUUAUGUAUUUGGCGCAUCGUACAACGCCACCAAGGCGGCCCUGCACCACUGGGGGAACACACUACGGGUGGAGAUGAAACCUUUUGGCGUACACGUUGUCAACAUCAUCUCAGGAGAAGUAGCGACAAACAUCCUCAAGAGUGAUGUACGAGACAACCGCACCCUCCCCGAGGGCUCCGUAUACGCGCCAUUGGCGCAGUUGUUCAGGGAUCACAUUAACCGCACGCCUGACGCCAUGUCACCAGACGACUACGCCCGCGGCGUUGUGGCUAUGGUGCAGAGGCGCUCACUGCCUGCAUGGUUCUGGCACGGGAACGCGACAGGUUUCAUUUGGACGCUGGAUACAUUUUUUCCGCGAACGAUUUGGGACUGGCUCUUCACCCGAUGGUUCAAGCUGAAAACCUUGGUGGGCACACAGGGAUGAGCCCGUGUUGACUCCUUGGGAUACGGAUUGGACAGUCGAGUAAAAUUUGUCUCACUAGCUGUUGUUACAAGAUCCUGCAAUCGAAGGCAGGGUGCGGCGCGCAGUAUGUCUGCUUCGAGAACCUGGGAGUAUUUACACUUGAACAAAACUGAAGGAAGCCAGAGAAACCUGCUUGGUAUCUCUUCAAGCACAUGGCAUUUGUUAAAGUUACUUUGUUUCAUCUCAAAUGAAUAUAUGAGCCCCAUGGCUUGACUACCACUAGUAUAUUUAAGCUCUUGCUCUUACACGUACGUGCGUACGCAUCGCCGGGAGCAACCCACGCAGUCUAUGAUCAGGUUCUUGUCGCAACUUUGAAAGCGAGAUUUUGAUAUCUGAUCACCGCUGGCCGGGCAUCAGGGGCAAUUACGCAGGGCAAGGAAGGAAGAUGGCCUAAACGAGCGCGAUGUUUUUCUUUUGGAUAACAUUAUGUUCAGGAUGUGUAACAUUUUGGAUCACUUUUAUUGGACAUAAUGUUUACAACCUUUGAGUUUAGCUUCCACUCCCCCCUUUGGGAUUACAAUACAUUGAAAUCGACUGAUAUCGUCCAC